AAAAGUGUAUAUAAUAUAAAGACUCAGUACAUUUCAUGUCAUUUAUUAUAUUUUAGCAUAUGAAAAAAUUAAUAUUAAUUAAACUUUAAUAAAAAUUAAUAUUUAUAUGAAAAAAGUUUAUGGGGAUAUAAAAUUAGACAGAACUAAAUUAUAGUAUGAAAUGUGGCUCAUUUGAUUGGCUGAUUUGAAAAUGGGCGGUACCUUCGAGCUCUAGCGGGACCUCAGCUAACUAUUAAAAUCAACAUUCUCAUUCCACACAGGAGUAAGCAAACUCCCUGGAGGGAUGUUGGAGCUCUGUUCUUUCCGUGCUUUGAGUAUUCGUGAAUUUGUUUUGAAAUUUAACUGAAUCUGUGACGCGUCACUUAUUAAUUUUAAGUCUCGGACAUUUUCGGUUAUGAAAAGAUUAAAGUGGUUCCCGAGAUUAAUUCACUAAAUCACUGCCUAGAAAUCUAUUUUCGUACACCUGACCCCGGCCCACCAUUGUUAUUCUUUUUAGAGGUCGACCAUCUCCAAACAGAUGCGGAAAAUCAAAAAGCCCAUCCAAGGAUGAAGGGACAAAUCGGAAUUCUAAUGAGCUGCAUUUCCUGCCCCUCCAACCAGUUCCAAGCAUAAUCGUACAAAGUGGAGUAAAAGGCAUGGAGAGAACUGUCCGUACUCAACGCACCUUGUCGAAGCAGGAGGGAAUCGACGAGGAUACAGAACUGAAUAACUAUGAAAGUACUAAGAGCUCUCCAGAACAGUCCAACAACAACAACAACAACAAUAAUAAAGGUCAAUUACAAGGACAGAUGUCUGCAGAAGAUGCUCCUCACCAACAGGCACAACCUCCUGCACAAAACGGGAACCUUCAUCGUUCCAGGUCACAGAAUAAAGUGAAACUAUUGGUGAGAAGCCAUGCAGUCCGAGAAGAAACAUCACCGCCUCCCGAACCAACUCAAGAACAGCCAAAGCAAGAAUCGCGGAGGCAUAAAGACUGGCAACCUCCUCUCUCUCGUGGUAAUAGCAGGGAGCAACAGUACGAUGGUGGCAAUCAGGUGGAUCUCCAUCAGUUCAUUGUGGAGACCCUUAAUCGCAAUCAUAAAGACCGCAUGCUUCUUCUCAAGAUAGAAAAUGAGCUUGUCAAUCUCGCAAAUGACCCAAAGAGGACAAUGCAUAAAUUUGCCCAGAUGUCCUCAUACCAGAGGAUGCUGGUGCACAGGGUAGCAGCCUAUUUCAGUAUGGAACAUAACGUCGACACGUCGGGAGUUGCCGUCAUUGUCAAUACAACCAAAUCCACCCGUCUACCGGAGACCAGGUUCAGGGAUUUCGUUAGGGAUGAUUUACUUCUUCCUGAAGAGCCACGGCGGUCAAUCCUGAAAAGGGAUUCCUCUUCAUUUGAUGAAACAGGAUCAUACAAGUGUGGCGAAAGAAUGCUUGGAGGGGACUCGAGGAGGAGCAAGAGUUUUGAAGAACGCGAAGAGGAAUAUGAGAAGGUGGAUGGGGAUAUUGAUUGCAUUGAUGAUUUCCAAUGGGAAAGUGAUGAAAAUGGUGUUUUUUCUAACGACUGUGACCAAAGUAACCAUAACCAAAGAAAUGGGAGACUUCUUAAGGUAGAAUCAUACGAAAGUGGAGAUACUCUCCGGGCUAACUCGUUGCGCCUUUCUGUCUCAAAGUCUCAUAGUUUUAACGGCUAUGAGGCACCACAGCAACCUCCGCAUCACCCACCGUCUACCAGGGUCCUCACUAAACAAGAUUCGGGGAGCAGUAUGUCUUCACGCAUUUCCCCAUCCAGUUCUGGUUACAAGUCUCAGAGGUCAGACGCUACCCUUAGUGCAACACCCUCUCCUACUGCCACACCGAACCUUCAUACUCAGAGUGGUCAACCAUAUACCAACCCUGAUGGCAGCAUCUACCACUAUGAUCCUAACAACCCUCCUCGUAUGAUUGCCGACAAUAACGCAGGUGCUCAAGUAACAAACGCCCCUCAAGGCUCCCAAUCACCAGCAAAACAUGAGGGCUGUGAGAUUGUCCAAAAUAAAAUAGAAAACGGUUAUGAAGCUCAAUACCUGCCACCAGCUCAACAAUAUACCCAUUCACUGGAAGCUCAGCAAAUCCAGUUUCAUCCUGUGUAUCCUCCGCAACCACCUCAUCAUUAUCAACAUAGAGUUCAGGAGAGUAUGAAUGGAGGUGAUUUAUCUCAAUAUAUGGUUGGAUUGAGCUUAGAUGGUUCGAGGCAACCUGGGGCUCAUAUUCCUUCAGACGGUAGACAUCUAUAUUGGCCCCCUCAUCACGUUCAGGCCCAGCCACAGGGCGGUACCGUAUACUACACAGCUCCUGGAGGAGGGCAGCGAUACCCUCCGUUGGCGCCACCUCAGCCGUACAUUGCUCCGCCUCCUCCGCAGCAACAUCCUCCGCCUGAACAUCCAGGAAAUUGCUAUGGUGGAGGCUACCCUGGUUCCGAAUGUAUUCCGUACGCCCCUUCGGCAGUUCACAUGUACUAUACUCCUACGCCAUAUAAUAGUAUUCAGACAAAUGGAAAUCACAAUGGAGGCCAUUCCAAUGCGAGCUAUUACGGAAACAUGACAACCUGCAGUGCUCCAAUAUUAGCCGUUCAAUAUCCCCAACCGUGUCCGCACCCGACUUCUCCACAUGCACCUCAGGGCGCCUGUGGUCAAUUCGCCGUAUACAACGGUUGCUAUCCUGGACAAUACAAUCAGCCGACUGCCUCGCUUCCCGUUCCUGCGCAACUCUUCAGGAAACCUGCUCUACAGGUUGGUGUGAGAUGCGGCUCCCCUCUCAGAACACAAUACCCUGCUUCUCCCACCGUAAAAGACAGAUCACAAGAUGACAAACUUCAACCUUUGCCACUCUAUGGUUUCCGUGUACUUCCAGGAGACAUGAGGCUAAUUGGAAAUGCAGGAAGACUGCCAUUCACCCUUCAACCCCCACCGAAAACAGCGCAUGCUAGAAAGCAUAGAUCAAAAAUGGGAGGAAGACCACAAGAUUCAUAUCACACAACUAGUAAGGCUUAAAUAAAACAAGAUUCAAAUUAAAAAGAAACCCUCUGUAAUUCUGGACUUGUCAUCUUUAAAUUUUUAUUUUGCAAGGUGGAGGACUCACCGAAAAUUGAAAACAAGACAAAAAAUUCCUCUCUGUAAUUCUGUCGCACAUCAUCGUGAUGAAACAAUAUCAUUUGGUACCAAGGAGCCCAGACCUCCGCCUCCGAUCCGUAUUUAUAUAUGACAGGGUCUUCGUAUGGACCAUCUCAACAGUUUAUAUAAAAACAAAAACAAAAAAAAGAAACAAAAGAAAUGUAAUUUGAAAUAUUCUUUACUGAAAUGUCUUUCAACUUGCAAUGAACCUUUAUCUUUCAGGUUCUUGUUGUAUGAAAAUAAUUUAUUAUAAGUAUAAGUGAAUGUGAGGCUGUUUAUAAGUUUAGCGAGUCAAAUACGCUUAAAAUGGUGAGAUGAGAGAUGUAUAUUAAAGAAUACUGUUAUCAAGAGAUGAAAAUAAUACUUAUCAUUUCAACUCUUUUAUAAAAUAGUACCUACAUUUUCAAUUGAUGUUCAGUCUUGGAAGCAUUUAAAAAUGAAAGGAAAACUAUAACAAGAAGAAUCUUCAAUAACGUAAUACUCGCAAUGUUGAGUUAAAAAAAAACAUCCGGGAUUCUUCUAUUUAUUGAUUUGUUAUUUUUUAAGAAAUUUUAUGGAGUCCUCAUUAUUAUCAUUAUGUGAAACAAUGGAUAAUGUUGUCUGCAUUGUUAUUAGAUCUCAAAGAAACAACAAAAAAAAAAGAAAAACUUAAAAAUGAAAAAAAAAAAUGGAAAGUAAAGAUUAAUUUUAUAUUUCUAAAAUAUCGUGAAAACGAGAUAGAGAUAUAUCAUUGAACGUUUCUUCAUCUUUAAUGUUUCUUUUUAUUUUUAAUAUAGGAUAUACCACAUUGGUAUGGUUGAGUCGCAUAUCCAACUUUCGACCUUUCUUUAUAGUUUUCUUUUUUUUUUUACCUUGCCACAUUUUUAAUUUAUUUAAUUUGUUCAAUCAUAUGUAUCUAGUCUGGAAAGAAUGUGAAAACUUGACCAAUUGCAUCGUGAAUGAAUGCGCUUUUAUAACGCGCUUGGUUUGGAGAAAAGGUGCUUAACGGAAAAGUGCUCACUCAGUUUUUAUUUUGUGUUUUGUAGUAUGAUAAUUAUAUGAUAUGUUGUGUUUGUAAGUACAAAUAUCCAGUUAAAAAAAAAAAACGAGUAAAACAUUGAAAAUAGAUUGUAAGUACUUAAAAAAAAAAGUAAACACAUUUUAGAUGUAGUGUGUGAUUUACCUUUGCUCGAUUGAAUCUGUAAAGCCUGUUUUAUCCAAGUUGUUAUACUUGCUAUAAAUAUAAAUGUUUGUCGUUGCCCUUCCUUUUAUUUUCCUGUGGAUCAAAACAAUUUACUAAACUUAAUAAAUAAAUUAACAUGUAAUAGAGGAAUGAUGAA